AUGUCUCCAGUCUCUUGUUUCGUCUUGCUUGCAGUCCUGCGAGCCGCCUCAGCACAGCAGGCAGGGACGCUUAAGCAGGAAGGGAAUCCCACCAUAUCCGUGAAGGAAUGCACGAAGGCAGGGGGCUGCAGCACCAGAGAUAAGAAGUUGGUGCUGGAUGCUAACUGGCGCUGGAUUCACACCACUCAGGGCUACACCAAUUGCUACACGGGAAAUCAAUGGGACACUUCCAUUUGUACGGAUGGUGACACAUGUGCUAGCAAUUGUGCUCUUGAAGGCGUGGAUGCUCAGCAGUAUCAGAAUACCUACGGCAUCACAAGCAUCCCGGGGGGUGUGCGCCUUGGUUUCGUCACCGGUGCGAAUGUUGGUUCACGGCUCUUUCUCUUGGAGGAUGAUGAUACCUAUAUGAUGUUCAAGCUGAAGAACCGCGAGUUUGCGCUCGAUGUGGAUUCCUCACAGGUGCAGUGUGGGAUGAACGGAGCCAUGUACUUCUCCGAGAUGGCUGCAGAUGGUGGCAAGGGAGUUGGAAACAACGCAGCUGGCGCCAAGUAUGGCACCGGCUACUGCGACGCGCAGUGCCCACACGACAUUAAGUUCAUUGGGGGCAAGGCCAACUCUAAGGACUGGAAGCCCAACCCCAAGGAUUUCUCCAAUAACAUGGGCAUCGGGCACUACGGCGCCUGCUGUGCCGAGAUGGACAUCUGGGAGGCAAACAAGAUGGCCACCGCCUACACUCCGCACCCCUGCGACAUCGACACUCCAGGGCAGUACAUGUGCGAAGGCACGGAGUGCGGGGACAACGACAGCGAUGAGCGUUAUGAUGGAGUUUGUGACAAGGAUGGCUGCGACAUCAACCCGUUUCGAAUGGGCAACAAGACAUUCUAUGGUGCCUCCCCGAACUUCGCCGUUGACUCUUCAAAGCCAAUGACGGUGGUGACCCAGUUCCUCACCACGGACGGCACCGACCAGGGUGACCUGUCGGAAAUCCGACGCUUCUACAUCCAGGAUGAGAAAGUCUUCGAGAGUCCUCCCAUCCCGAUUUUGCCAGGGAACCCGGAUUCCAUCACCGACCAGAUGUGCGAGGACAAGAAGACGCUCUUCGGGGAUAUCAACGAUUUCAAGGAGAAGGGUGGCAACAAGGGCAUGGGCGAAUCGCUUGAUCGCGGUCACGUCGCAGCUUUUUCGCUUUGGGAUGAUGUGGAUGUCAGCAUGAUGUGGCUGGACUCUUGCUUCCCCAGAGACAAGCCAUGCACAGAUCCGGGGGUGCAGCGUGGGCUUUGUCAAGGCGAGCCGGAGAGCUUGCCGCGGAGUGUGCGCAGUGCCCAUCCCGAUGGCUCCGUGACCUUUGCCAAUGUGGCCUUCGGAGAAAUUGGCACCACCCAGUCCUUGUAUCCCGUGCCGGCUGUGACCACUACCACCACGUCCACAACCGUCGUCAAGUCUUGGAUUCCGGUGGAUGGUGGGGAGAGCCGUGCAUGCCGAGGGAGUGCUCCCGGUGAUAACUCUGGUAGCUACUACACCAUCAUCAAGGGCCUCGCUGAUGUCGACGCCUGUAUGGCCAAGUGUGUCGCAACUUCAGGUUGCCAUGGGAUUGAGUUCUCGAAGGGGAGGUGUGAGGUGUGGACUCGGCCAGAGGGGAUCCAGGCCUCCAUCCCUCUCACUGGCUUCACCUGCCUGCGCUUCGGAGUUGAGGCGACGACCACAACGACAACACUCGGUCCUGGCUGGGCCCCCGUCGGAGGCAGCGGCCACGCCUGCAGAGGGGCCAGCCUCGGCGACAACUCUCCCAGCUACUACGUUGUGAAGACAGCCGCCAACGUGGGAGAGUGCAGAGACAUUUGUGAGCUCACGGCAGAGUGCAAAGGUGUGGAGUUUUCGGGACGAAGAUGUGAGGUGUGGGUCCGUCCGGAGGGUAUUCAGGCCUCUAAGCCACUUACAGGCUUCACUUGCCUGAGCUUUGACCGUCCGACAACCACCACUACGACCACGACGACGACAACCACAACCACAACAACUACGGCUUGCGCCAAGGCCUGGGCACAGUGCGGAGGGAAUAACCACAAGGGCCCAACUUGCUGCACCUCCGGCUACACCUGCACUUUUGGGAACGAGUGGUACUCCCAGUGCAAGCCGAACUCGCAAUUGUCCCAGACCGACACGGGCAUGAAGAAGGGCUCGAAGCAACGCUUCUUGGGUCCCAGCUUCGCGCAGGCCCGUGCCAGCACAGCCCGUGCUGCAGCCCAUGCAGUCGAGCUCUAA